GCAAUGAAACAUUUGGCUUUGUUCAUUACUGUGCUGACAGUGAGCUGUGCCGAAUGGAUCGAGAUCGAUUGGUCCAAGGUGCGUCCAAUCCAUACGUUCGACCGCUACUGGGCCCAUAUACCCGAUAAACUACAAUACUUGCGCCAAUUGGUACCGCCAAUACGCAUGAUCGAUAGGCAGGAUGCUACUCCCGGACAGUUCCCUUAUCAGGCAGCUCUAAUACUCAACUUCACCGAUGGUCUUGCUCUGUGCGGUGGAACGAUCUUGACCAAAAAUUGUAUCUUGACUGCUGCCCACUGCGUCGAGGACGUAUUGAGAGGAACUGCGAUCGUUGGUGCACACGACAUUCGUCAAGACGAACCAACGCAGCAACGAAUUGCUUUUGUCACGGAUGGAAUAAGCAUGCAUUCUGGAUUCACGCGUGCUAGUCUACGUAACGACAUUGCCACCGUUCGCCUAAGCAGACCCAUGACCUUCAAUGGCCGUGUUAUCCCGAUUCGCCUUCCUGUGGCUACGGAUAUCCGCACGUUUGGCUAUUGGAGCGGAACCGUGUCUGGGUUUGGGCAAACAUCCAAAGAAAACUUUAACACAUCUACCGAACUAAUGUUUGUAAGGAAACCGAUUUUGACCAAUAUGGAAUGUUAUCGUUACUGGGGCAAUCGAAUCGACAUGCAAAAUAUAUGUCUGUCCGCGGCAGGCGGUCCCGGUGCCUGUUCCGGUGACUCUGGUGGCCCACUGACGGUCAAAUCGGCUAAAAUUCUACAAGUAGGUAUUGUGUCGUUCGGACCACCUGGCCUAUGUUCCAUUGGUAAGCCAUCGGUGUUUAUGCGCGUGACACAUUUCCGAAAUUGGAUCAUUCGGAACUCCGAUCUGUGA